AUGUCGUCAGGUGAGGGAGUUACGGAAUGUGGAGAUAAGCUAUGUGGAUACAGAGCAGAGUGUAACACGGACAGGAGUGAUUGUAGAUGCCCAUUCAACAAUGCUGAACCAAGAGAACUGAAGGGCACAUCUCCAUCCCUGUGGUACUGUGUGGAAAAGUGUGACCUUAAAGGUAGUGUGUGCCCUGACAACACCACGUGUAGGGACUCUUCAGGUAAUGACAGGCACCUGUGUGAGUGUUCAGAGAAAGCCACACUGUCAUCGACAGGGCAAUGUCUGGCUCUGUCAAGCAAAUCCACGGCCUCGGUUGGCCCUGCUACAACAACAACAGCCGGCCCAAACGAAAACAGAAACGUACAGUCCGAUUGUAACGCCUUAACAGUCGGGCUCGCAGUAGGAUUCGGGGAACCUCUUUGGAUCAUGGUGAUCGUUGUUGUUGUUGUUCUUAUUCGGAAACAUUGGGGCUUGAAAGUAGUGGAAUUAUGCAAGUCUCAAGGCUCUGUGUUGCAAAAUAUGAAUUCAAAUGACAACCUAUCAGCUGCUGAAACCGAACAUUCUUAUGAGAAUAUUGAGAGUUCUUCAUCAUUGGAAGAAAGUAGACGAAGUAGACGAACCGGCCCGAGAACUGAAAUUCAAAUGGACAUAAACGAGACUGAUGCACAACCAAUCGGUGAUUCCCCAGCAUACGAAGACGUUAGUGCGCCAUCACAGUCACCUAAUGACAAUGACAAUAGCGGACUGUACGAAUCUAUUAAUUCACGGGACACGUCAGGGACCAGACUGUACACAUCUCUUGUGGAAAACAAGCGUCUCAAUAAAAGUGAGCGAGGCGAUACCCUGGUCGGCCCUGGAUACAUAUACCACUGUACAGAGAAUGUAGCAUUCACAAUGCAAUUGUGAACGGAAGAUGUACUAACACAAAAAUAUUGUUCUCUACUUAUCCUAUUUUUACAUAUUCCAGUUUGCAUUAUAUGUUGCUGUCAACCUGUCAAGAGCUGACUGCAGCAUUUAUCUCCCUUGCCGACUAAAGUGACAUAUUAGAUGAUAUCAACAUAUUGACUGAUUUUGACAUUUUACUCCUCGUUACAGUUCCUCGUCACGUUAAUUUUAAUAGUGCCCUCUGACAUUUAGAGAAGAAUUUAAGUUUACGGCUGUAUCAUUGUAGAAUUUUAGCUUCGUCACAGGAUAUCUUAAAUUCUACAUAUCUAACGACUUGUAGAACAGGCCUGUGUUUCAUUUAAACCACAUUCAACGGUAUAUUCUAGGUCCUGCACACAGGUGCAGGACAAGAUCUCUUCACUGUUACAUACUGAAAGCACAUGUUUUACAUAAAGCUAGGUAGUUAUACUACGAAGACUGUACAUUGCACAUAGAGUGUUUUUUCAUAAUAUCCACAACAACCUGAAUUAUUUUCCAAUUAUUCUGGUGGUAUUUAUAUGUACUACAUUAUUUUAUCAGCAUACAUAAACAUACACUUGUCUAACAUUCGUUCCUAUACGUGCUUAUUAUGUGUAAAUCUAGUACUAAAUGGCUACUUUAAUCAUAGUAGCCUUAAUUGACGUAAAUAUGAUAGCAGAACUAUUGUGCAAUAUAUUAUAUAUCGGAUAAUAAAAUACACGCGUCGGAGGUUAGGUUGAAAAGCUUGGAAGGCGUAUGAUAAUAGCACUGAGAACAAAAUCAACAUAUAGAUAAGCAUGUCCCUUCAUAGGCAUAAAGCCUUACUAGUUUACAACGCAAACAACAGUACACGUCACAUAUGAGCGGUUCAUUUGAUUACGAGAGAUGUAAUAUGUACACUCCAACAGGUUGUCGUCUAGUCCUCUUACUAAACAGUACUGCAUUUGUUAUGCAACACUGGUGAACAUUCAAUCUCUUUCUCAAAAAACUAAAAGAUUUUGUAUACAGUAGGGAGACUUUACACAGGCAGGUAAAGGUGGCCAACGUAGAAAGAACGACAAUGCCUACCCUCCCAAGACGAUGGGGCAGUGUACUGACUUUACAGUGUUUAUGGUUAACCCUCACGGUUAUAUCCGUCAGAGGUAAGUCUGCAUACAUACUCAGUGUUUCUUGUUUUGAUUCGAGGAUAAUAUUAUUCCAUUCACGACUGACAGUUGUGAGAUAAAUGACAAAUUUCCAGCUGUCCUCGUCACAUUAGUGGUUCCAUAUUCCUCUGUGUUCCCGUGUAGAUUAGUAUGUUUCGAUAAUUAUCCAUUUGCACGCCUAUGUCGUCCUAUAAAGAGGAAGGAAACUUACCUGUUAAAUACGGAGAGAAACCACCACCCCGAUCCCCCAACACUCCGCCUAAGAAAAGAAAAUAAUGAGGAGAAUUUUAAAACAAAA